CUCAUUACACUCCACACCAGGCUCAUUCUGUGUCCAGUGAUGCAGGGGGGGUGGAACUUCGCCAUCACUUGCAGCUGAGUGAGGGGCCAACCCGAUAAAGCCUCUGGUGUGAGUUAGGCUCUUUGGGUUGACAGUGUUGGUCCCCAGGCCAACACUAAGCGGGAAGUCUGAGAGGGAGAGAGGUCGCCCAUAAAAAAGCUCCUCUAAUGCCAACUCUCACUGAAACGCCCUCCAGCAGGCGUCGUACCUCGCCACUCCCUUGUUUUUCUCAGACACUCGAUCUCCUUGACAAAGUAGUCAAGUAUGUUUCCCAGGGUCGACAUGAGGCCAUGUUUGAAACCAAUGUCCUGAAACGGGACAACCAAUGGGUUGUCCACGAACAAAAUGUUGAGUGCCUGGACACAGAAAAAAUCCUAAGACUUAAUCUCUGAUGGUAUCUCACCCUCAAACCGGCGGACAUGCUUAAUUCUAAGACCAAGGUGGAGGACCAGCUUGUAUUUUAAAUCGUCCAUGUGGCUAAUGUAUUGUGAUGCCCUGGAAAGUAGGGCCCACUGGAAUUGAGGGUGAGAGAUCCUGCACGUGACCAAUGCCUGCAUUGGUAUGGCACUGGGUGCCUGUAUGGCAGUUGUAUGUGGACGUGUGGGGAGUCCACAUACAACCAUACAACUGCACAAAGUUUAUCUUCCUACCAGCACCAAGCAUGUCCAGGAGGAUUUCCUCCAAGGUCAGUGGCAGAUAGUCCAGAUCGUUCUGGAAGUUGGUGGCCUCAUGGAUCCCCAAGAUGGAAUAUAGGGAUCCUCAAGGACCUACCAACUCCUGGAGCACGUAUCUGGAGAAGAGCAGGUGGAUGCCUGGGUCCCGGGCCGAUACUUUACAUGCUGUGUGGACAGACAUACUGGCGACACCCGAAGGAUCCAAAAAGUCUGUCGAGUCCAAACUGUCCUCGUUCUUCUGGCCAAACAUCAUCAAGUCCCGGCUUCAGUAGGUGGCUCUCACCAACAUUGGAUAUAGCCUUAUCAAGAAGUUAGAGAAUAUAAAAGAGGUCUUGCUUGAGAACGUGAUAUCGACUGGUGUUUGUCGAUACCUGUUUCAGCAAGGUUGGCCUCCUUUUAUUCUUUCCCUUCAUUGUCUUGAGCUCCUUCUGAAAUUCGAAUACAAUGCUAUCCAACAUCUCUCAUGCGCAUAUUUGAAAAAGGGACUUCUUCGACAGAUCUGUGUCUGGGUCAGUCAGGGAAACUGGUGUGAAGAUGAUUGACAGGUGAUAUCCACCAUCCACAUACUCAAUGGUGUACCCAUAGCUGUUGCGUAGAGCACUCGAACCAGCUGGGGUACACAGUGUGAGGUCCACAUGCUUCUUGAGGAAGAUGUAACAAUCUUGAAGCAUAUUAACCUGAACAUGUGGCAGCAGAAGGUAGUGUAGGGGAGCUAAAAGCGCCGUUGUACAUUGUAGCUCCACCACCAGUCCAUUGGUGUCGAACCUGAACAUGAUGUCACUUUCAGGUUCGCUGAUGUAGGUAGAGUGGAAGCACAUGUUUAUUUUGGCUGCCAGAAAUUCAGACACGCAAUUGUGUUAUUGUGAUACAGCAUGGCUAAGCGUUUGGCAAUUGAGUGAGCCAACUUUGCAAAUGUCAGAAUUAAUUCCUGCACAACUUAGAAGUUGCUACACUUCAUAAAGUUGCUGAUGAAGUAUAGCAACUUCAUCAGCUAUACUGAUGAAGUUAAAGUUCAUCAGUAUAACUUUACAACACAGGUCAAGAAGGAAAAUAUGACCUCUAGUUUCUCAACAAGUGUUUUGAAACCACAGCAACCUAAGAGUUACAGUUUGCAUUCCCCACGUAGGUGUGAUGAAGCAAAGGUUCGCCCCGGUCUUUUCUGGAAUAUGCUGCCCAAUAAGUGAGAGCAAAUCCAUUCCCGACUAAAACCCGAUACAUCUCUUUCUUUGUCUUGUCUUUUUUUUUACUCAGAUGUGUGCUUCUUUUUACAUUACAGUUUAACAUUUUGAGACUCAUUAAUACAGUCCUCCCCACUGAAACGCACAAAGAAGCUGUCAAGCAGGCGUGUGUUAUAAUGGUUAGGCUGAUCAUCUCUGACAAAUGCACUCCAGGGGCAAGAAGGUCCAGGCUUGGGAGUCUGUCAGAUGUAAAACACAUGCUUUGAUGUUUCUCUUCCACCGUCCUGAAGGCACAGUAAACUUCUGCAGCUUUCUCUCUCAGAUCAAUGGAGAGAUCAAAUAAGCAACAGCACUAUGACUGAACAAAGCUGUGUGCAUGUGUGUGUGUGUGUAACAGGAUUUUACAUUAAAGCCAGGUACCUGUGUUUCACAGUGUCCAAAUAAGAUGCAUGGGAUUCUUAACAUUGAUUGUUCACUAGUUCAGAUGCUGUGUGUUGCCGAUUAUAAUGAAGAUGAAACCUUUCACUGUUAAUUCACAGCAUCCAGAUUAUAGUUAAUAUUAGUUCCUUGCAAAGUUGAGCACUGUUUUACUGUCUGAAAAAGAUAACCCUAAGAGAAAUUAGUAGUUUUCUAAUGAUUUUAUUUGUGAAAGCAAAACAAACCUAUUUAUCAACCCCUUGCAAAGUGAUUGACUAUGAGCAAACACUUUUUUAAGAGCUGCCAUCUAAGGACUGACUAUUUCCAGCCCCAGGGAAUUAAUAAAUUGCUUGAAAAUAACUUGUCUGAUACCGUGACACUGGCUCGAAGAUCUCAUCCGUCAGACGGAAAGGUUACAAAGGUAUUCUAAUGUUUGUAACUCUAGAGAACCAAAGUGAGACCCAUUAGCCAAGAACGACCCGCCUACCACAAUUACUCCAAGAACACAUUGAUGUCUCAUCCAGGAGGACUUGAAGAACCCGAGCAACAUCCUAAACAAUCUUGGCCUCCUUUUCCUCAGUUCAUCGUUCAAACAUAAGAGACUAGGAAACAAAAAAUAUGGCUGACCAAAAAGAAAACAAAGGCACAAAUUUCUUUCAAAAUAUGACGGAUCCAAAGCCAGUUCUGCAAACUGAAGUACAAGUAUGUAAAACGAACUUAGCUUCUCAAGAAAAGACGUCAUACUGGCAAUCAAAUAUGGAAGUAGUCAUAUAAUUAUAUGGGGCCACGUUUCUGUUUUUGUACCCAGAAUACCCAUGAAUACCUAGCAGAAGAUCCUCAAGAAUGCCCGGUAGGCAGAUUGCCACCUUAAACUUAAUAGUGUGGAGCAUUGGACCUUUAGCCCAAAAUGGUCAGAUGAUCAUGAAGUUUACAAAGAGAAAAAAUAAGAUGGUAACUUCAGGACAAAGGUGAUCUGUAGUCUGUUUCAGUUUAACUAUCUAUCCCAAUACUUGCAAUAAAUAUGGGCACAUGAUAAAAGAUAAAGAUAUUUGACAACGCUGUUUAGCAAAAUGUCUUAGAAAUCUUGGAACAAGCUUAUAUUGAUGCUUUGCUGGAAAUACAAAGAAGCUAUGCAAAGUCACUGGGCUUAAGAUGAAGGCAGAUUAGGUUUUAAUAACCCUUUUAUUAAAAAGUACAGCUUUACUAAACCCUGUAACAAACAAGAAAUCAGACAGAAACAAACUAAAUUCUGCUUCAUCUGCUUUUGUCACAACCCUGAAAGGGAGUGAGGCAAAAAAGGCAGAAAGGUAAGAACUAAAGAGUGACUUGAGUGUCCCCUGAGGACCCUGUAGCACAAUUAUUUGGAAACUUGCCAAAUGCUCACAUUCCUGCCUUUCUUGUGGGACUCAGAGAUCAGGAGGUGGCACCGCUGGCAGAAUGAUAUCUGGAUUACAGCUCUUCUGAAGGGAAGGGAUGAGACAUACGUAUUGAUAAAAAAUAUGGCAGGUAAAAAAAAAAAGGUAAAAGAAAGAACAGAGGCAGGAGGGAAAGCACACAAACCCAGCAGGUCACCCCUCCCCUGAUUGUUGAGGGAGGUACUCAGCUGUCGAACCUGGAGGGAGACACCAGCUCUGAGAAGAAGCUAAAGCAAAUGCAGCAUGAGGAAUGAAAGUGUGGCUGUGGUGGGAGCUUUGGGAUGCUUUGAACUGUAGGCUGAAUUUUGCAGAGCCCAAAGCCUCGACACAGCAGAGAGAAAAGCAGGAACUCCAGACUACAAGGGAUCCUGUGGUGGAGCUCAGUCUUGUCAGUUGCAUACAGGAAGAAAAGCUGGAUUAGACAUGUUUUAAGGAAAACACCCUUCUAUACCAGGAGCCAACCAAGAGGUUGGAGUAUUACUUAAAAACUGGACUUUCGGCUCUCGACUCGCUCGAUUCGUGAUGGUUUCCUUUGUGGAGGUCGUUUACUGGGUGACAGCGUUGUGUUGUCUUGGACAGAAGCAUCUGGUGACCGGUGGUUGUACAGGGAAGUGUUGCCGGGGCAGAAACAUGGGCUGUUCUACCACAGACUGGAGGAUGGACCGGGCAUUUGCAAAAUGCUUCUGCGACGAGGACUGCGUCAAAACCAAGGACUGCUGCUUUGACUAUUUCACAGAGUGUCCAGCUCAAGACUGUGCAGUGAGCGCUUGGAGCUUUUGGAGUGGCUGUGCCAAGCCAUGCCAGCCUUCAGUAAGAGUCCGUGUCCGUCACGUAGAGCAGCAGCCUGGUAACAGCGGUGAACCCUGUCCCAGGCUGGAGGAGAGAGCUGGUUGCAGGGAGUAUAGAGACCACCGAGGCAGCCAAUGUGGACGCAAUUCAGGCUCAGCAUUCAUCACCAGCUUGGAAUUUGGUAAAGGAAGACCCAAGCAUGACAGCUAUGGAAACCCCCUAAACCCAGGGUUUUGUAUGGAAUUUAAAAUGGAGACCCGGACAGCACACUGCACGGUGGAGAACCGGCCUCACACCCUCUGGAUGCGCUACAUAACUGAAGGAUUCAAAGUGUGUGUAGCGUGCGAACCUCCUGCCCUGCGAAACAGUAGCUGUCAGGGUGACGGCCAAGAAUCGGACAAAGAAGCUGCGCUUCAGUGGCAGGCAGUGGGGAACCCACACUGCAGAGGGACAUGGAAGAAGGUCCAGAAAACUCCCCAGUGCACCUGUCCAACACAACAUAUCUUCAUCUUCACCUGACCUCCAGUCUGCUGAAAUAAAGCGUGCAGAACGCCUCUGGAUGUCCUCUGAGAGACUAAGAGCUGCAUCAUAACUUAAAAGCUUACAAGGAUCACUGCAAACUCAAAAUGCACUUAUGGUAGAAAUUAAACAUCAGUACAGUUUAAAAAAAAAUUGUAUUUAUUAUUUCAAAACAUGUCUGCAAAAAACAUCAAAUGAUUUUAAAAUAAAAGCAACUAUAUACAUUCAAAUUUCAUUUGUAAAACUAAUUUAAAUAAUAUUUUAGGUUAUAAAAGGGCAGCCUGUAGAUAAUAUUUUUGUCUCUGGCGCCCUCUUGUGAUAUAAAUUGAAAUUGGAGAAGCGGUAAAACCAAAUAGCUUUCAAUUUUACAAAUUUGCAACACUAACGUGGAACAAAAACACGCAAACAAAAUAUAGUUUUCUUGCAUAAAUAAAAAAAA